UGAGCGAGCAGGGCAGAACAGAACCAAGAACGUCCAAAUCGGUGAUGCGAUGCGGUGCAGGCAUGUAGCAUAGCAGACCCAACAUCGCCCUCCACCCAGCCACUUGCUAGCUUCUCAUUUGCCGAUGCCCACAUCCAAACCGUACACUUUCAUUGUCUUUGUUUCCACUUUUGAACCCCCUCCUCUCUCUCUCUCUCUCUCUUCCCGUCUCCUCAAAAACCCUGCCUCCUGCGCAUACACAAACACAUACACUCCCACAAUAGAUUCUUUUCUUUUUAAACAUGGCCAGAGUCAUAAAUAAUAAUGCUUCAUCGUUUUGCAUAAAGCCGCUACAGUCUUGACUGUUAUUCAUAUUGGGAUUCCUAGAGAAUUCAUAGUUUCUCUUAUACUACUUGUUCGGUUUCCGUAUGUGCCUGCAUGAUUGUCCAUUUGUGUGUAUAUAGAACAGUGUCUGCCUUGCCCACCCACCCACCAGCCGCUGUUGGGCUCAAGUCUUUCGGCCUUUGCUUUCGUCUAGGGUUUCUUUUUUUCUUUUGGAAUUGUUUAUUUUCGGUAUUUGGUUUCAUCUAGCGUAUUCACCUCAAACUUUGCUUCGAUUUCAAGCAGUGUUUUGCGUUCGACAGACUUUUCGAGUUGAAUUUUCAUCCCGAGAAACCGAAAGACUUUUCUUUUGUUUAUUCUCUUGGUCGUCUCCUGGAGGGUUGUUUUGAGUGAUCGGUUGUUCAAUUCAUUGGUCCUGGUUCUGGUGGAUAUCUUGGCUUCAUUUAUUACUAUUAUUAUCAUUCUUUUUCUUCCGUAUUGCUGUUCGAGUAAUUUUGAAAAUACUCUUCAAGUGUGCAUGGUGAAUCUGAUAUGGCCCUUGAAAUCCGUUAUGUAGCUAACUUGUCAGUAGCAACUUGAACAUAGUGCCCAGGAUUCUUUAAUUGCGAAUUUAUCGGUGAUGCUUUCUAUUGAAGUCAUUUGAUUAUGAGGUUUUACUGGGGCACUCGGGCAUGAUUUAAGGGUGCUAGUGGUAGCGAGCUGAAACCAUGAGUUCUGGUGGUAAGAAUCGGGGAAAGAGGGAGGGGGAAUUCGAGAAGUCCGAUCGGCGAUCAGGAGAAGGGGUUUCGUCGCAGGGGUCAAUAACAGCCCCGGUGGAUUUAUGCAUUGACGAGAGGGUGCUAGUUGACCCCAAAUCCCUAUUUAUCGGGUCAAAGAUUGGUGAAGGAGCUCAUGGCAAAGUUUAUCAAGGAAGAUAUGGUGACCGCAUUGUUGCUAUUAAAGUUCUCAACUGUGGAAACACACCAGAGGAGAGAUCUGUGCUUGAGAGUCGUUUUGUUCGGGAGGUGACAAUGAUGUCUAAAGUAAAGCAUGAGAACCUGGUUAAGGUAGAUUCAUUCAUGUCGUUGCCAUUUUUGAAUCAGCUAUAUAUGGGAGUCUUUGUUUGUUUAAAUGCUACUUUUCAAUUGUAUUGGGAUUCCGAUCUUUAUAAUCUUCUCUGUUACAAAACUUCAUUGCAGUUUAUUGGAGCUUGUAAAGAUCCUUUAAUGGUGAUUGUUUCUGAGUUGUUACCUGGGAUGUCACUGCGGAAGUAUUUAGGCAGUAUUCGUCCCAAGCAAUUGGAUCUGCCUGUGGCACUAAAUUUCGCUCUGGAUAUUGCCCGAGCAAUGGACUGUUUGCAUGCAAAUGGAAUCAUACAUAGAGACUUAAAACCUGACAACUUGCUACUGACAGAGAAUCAGAAGUCAUUGAAGCUUGCAGAUUUCGGUCUUGCAAGGGAAGAAUCUGUCACUGAAAUGAUGACUGCUGAAACUGGAACAUACCGCUGGAUGGCUCCUGAGUUGUACAGUACUGUGACACUUCGGCAAGGGGAGAAGAAGCACUACAACAACAAAGUUGAUGUUUACAGUUUUGGCAUUGUCCUCUGGGAAUUACUUACAAACCGCAUGCCAUUUGAGGGAAUGUCAAAUUUGCAGGCUGCUUAUGCUGCUGCUUUUAAGCAAGAGAGACCUAGCAUUCCUGAAGACACUCCACCGGAGCUGGCUUAUAUUAUUCAGUCCUGCUGGGUUGAAGAUUCCAACAUGCGCCCCAGUUUCGGUCUCAUCAUUCGGAUGCUCAACGAGUUUCUUUUCACGUUGGAGCCGCCGCCACUGUCAUCAUCAUCUUCUUCAUCAUUGCCCGAAACCAACUUUUCUUCUGGAUCAGAGUCAGCAGCCAGCAAUGGCACCAUUAUAGAGUUCUCAUCCCGCGCAAAAGGGAGGUUUGCUUUCAUUCGCCAGCUUUUUGCGACCAAGAAGGCUAUCAACUCAUAGCACAGCUGUGAUGGGGGCAUGCAUGAUCUUGGUAAAUUUUUGUUUGCUGGGACAAGUUAUACACUGGAGAUGAAUGCAGAUGAAUGAUAAACUUUGCUGUUGAAUUUGCUAGUAGACGACAUAGAAUCUCUGUAAAUUCUUAAGGGCAGUAGUGUUUACCUUUUGGUUUUUUUUGUUUUUUUUCUGGGCCGGCUUGUGGUCAGUGGGUGGGUGAUGGUGUAUCAUUCAUAUUUCAAAUCCAGAAAAAUUUUUUGC